GGGGUUACAGAGAACGUGGUAGAACACGCUCAUCGCAACAUGGCUUCAGAGACGGAUCCAGAAAGAUUUGAUGGUAUGCUGUUGGCUAUGGCACAGCAGUGCCCAGGAGGAAUUCAGGAGUUGCUGGAUGUCAUUUUUAAUUUCCUUUCAAGGAAAACAGAUUUCUAUGUUGGAGGAGAUAAAGGCAAAGCGUUUAAGCUUGUGACAGAUGUUUUCAAAAAAUAUGAAGGAGUUGCCAAGGAAAGGAUGGAGAAGGACAAAGAUGAACGUGAGGAGGCUGAAAAACGUCGUCAGGAGCGGAUAGCCAAGAAGAGGGAAGAGGAAGCCAAGAGGAUGGCGGAGGCUGAGCAGGAACCAAAGAUCAAAGAAAUCACAGAUGAAGAGGCAGAGAAGAUACAGAAACAACUGGACCAGGGUAGUAGCGCUAAAUCGGAGACAAAUGACGAGUCUGGUGCACAGAAUGGUGAUGGUGACAAGGCUGAAAAGGAUGAUGAUGAAGAAGAUGAAGCAGACAAAGGCAAACUGAAGCCUAACUCUGGUAAUGGCGCCGACUUACCCAACUACAAGUGGACACAGACACUGGAAGAAGUCGAGGUGAGAAUUCCAUUAAAUGUCAAGUUUCCUCUGAAGGGCAAAGAUAUGGACGUUGUCAUAGAAAAAAAGAAAAUAAAGGCAGGUUUAAAAGGUCACCCACCCAUCUUACAAGGGGAAUUCCCAAAAGAAAUUAAAGUGGAGGAGACAACAUGGUGUUUGGAAGACAAAAAAGUGUUACUCAUUAACCUGGAAAAGGUGAACAAAAUGGAGUGGUGGAGCCGACUGGUGACCUCAGAUCCAGAAAUCAACACAAAGAAAGUUCAGCCAGAAAACUCUAAGCUGUCUGAUUUGGAUGGAGAAACGCGCUCCAUGGUGGAGAAAAUGAUGUAUGACCAGAGACAGAAAGAAAUGGGACUGCCAACAUCAGAUGAACAGAAGAAACAAGAUGUCCUCAAGAAAUUUAUGGCACAACAUCCAGAAAUGGAUUUCUCGAAAUGCAAAUUUAACUGAAAAGUGUUCGUGUGGAAAGGCUUCUAAAAGUGCUACCCAGAGCUGCAUUUUUCACGUAUUCAUGGACCACUGGCAUUUUAAUGAACUGAACCUGACUCUAUGUGUGGAGCCUGAAACAUCAGCUACUGAAGAAUAAGGAAAGAAA